UCCCUUCAAUUCUCUCCAUCCCAACUAAAUGUCAUCUCUAAACUGAAAGAGCAAUAUAAAUUUACACCUAGCUAGGAGUUAUUAUAAAAGAUGGCUUCAAAGACCACGGCAAUUGCCCUCUUCCUCACUCUCAACAUCCUCUUCUUCACCCUUACGAGUGCUUGUGGCUCGUGCCCUAGCCCAAAACCCAAGCCGAAGCCAAAGCCGAAGCCCACCCCGAGCCCCUCACCUAGGGGCACUUGCCCUAAGGACACCCUUAAGUUGGGUGUCUGCGCCGACCUCUUAGGCGGUCUCCUCAAUGUCACCGUUGGGACACCACCGAAGACUCCUUGCUGCUCUCUCAUCCAAGGGCUGGUCGAUCUCGAGGCUGCGGUUUGUCUCUGCACUGCCAUCAAGGCCAACAUCCUGGGGAUCAACUUGAACAUUCCCCUGUCCCUCAGCUUGCUCCUUAACGUCUGCGAUAAGAAGGUCCCAUCGGGCUUCCAAUGCCCCUAAGUAAUACAGUCGACCACUUAGCACCUUUCCUUUGUUCAUUUAUGUAUGUCUGAUUGUAUACUUCCUCCUUAAUGCUUGUUUCGCGUUUUCUUUGGGCAUGGCAUGGAUCUGAUUGCCAAGACAUGUUGUUUUUAUGUAUUCGGAUGCAUAAUAUGUAAGCGGCAACCUCUUGUUCCCGUUGAAAGUUGUCAUAUUUGUUCGGCUUGUGGAAUGAAAAUGAGUAAGUUUACUAAUAAAAAAGGCAGAGUGAAGGAUUUUUUUUUU